AUGAUUAUCGGGGGGGCCGAUGAUCCCCAGUGCGCCGUAUCCAAGCAGACAAAAACAUCCGCUACAGAAGGAUCGGCCCAGCAGCUCUUACCCGAAGAAACCCUCAUAUUCACCGAGAAGGACCUCGAGGCCAUGGGAGAACCACAUAAUGACGCACUGGUGACCUCAUUUCUCUUAAACAACACAAGGAUAAAGCGCGUGCUCGUUGACCCGAGCAGCUCGGCCAACAUAAUCAGGUCCGGAGUGAUAGAACAGCUGGGAUUGCUCAGUCAAAUCAACACUGUUCCUCGAAUCCUCCACAGUUUCAACAUGAUCGAGGAAGAAACGAAGGGAGAAAUCACCCUCCCAAUCAACACAUCUGGCAUGACCCAGAGCACCAAAUUUCAGGUCAUCGACGGCGACAUGAGGUACAACGCUUUGCUUGGUAGGCCUUGGAUACACGAUAUGAGGGCAGCGCCCUCUACCUUACACUAG